AUGAACAAUCCGACCCGGGAAAAGACUGCAAUUCUCUUUCAGGCAGAGAGAAACAUCUUUCUCCUCGAUAUCCCACAUUCAAUUGCCCUCGCGCAAGCACAAUGGCUGGCACCGCGCCAACAGCUAGCCGGGGAAUCGAGCUCGGAGACAGGAAAAGGCACGCACAAUAAGAAAGUAAGCCUACUCUCAUGCUCCCCUCUGGAAGAGCCAUAUCUAUCUACGGAGCCCAAAAAGCCAGCUGCUCUCGCCAAGCUCCUGGAGACCAUUCCCAUCUCUGAGCGGCAGUUUCACUCUGAACUGAUACUGCCCCUGGUAAGGGAUUCUAUGGAAACUAUCAAGACCGGUUUCUCUGCCGAUCGCCGUUGGUGCUUUGCUCGAGCUGUGCCUACUGAGGGAUUCCAUGAUAGCCAAGCACAUGAUCAAUCCCUGCGGAAGCGCCGGAGGGGAGCGGAUUAUCCGUUUUCACAGUCUACGCUUGAUGACUAUGUUUCAACGCAAGAUGAGCCACCGAUGAUUCUGUCGACUACGUCGCUGAAUGUAUUUGAGUCAUCAUGGGAUCUUGGCAUUGUGAAGAACCCGUCAUUAGAACAAGCAAUCAUCAAGAUUAAGGACUGUGCCUGUGAUGAGACGGGUUCUUCACAGGAAUUUAUCGUUCCCCCUCAGUCGAGUUUUGUACUUUGUACACUGCCCUUGUCUAGAGCUGAAACUGACGUUUCAUCUACAUACAAUGAUUAUCCCAUCCCUGGGCUUUCUCGGCACCAGAGGUUCAAUCUUAUUCUCAUGGAUCCGCCCUGGCCAAACAGAUCUGUGCGGCGCAGCAGGCACUAUGUAACCCAUCAUUAUUCUGAGAUGGAUGUGCUGACCAAAGGAUUACGAGAUAUACUCCGCGUGCACUCGCACCGCCCUCACACAAAACCGGGGCUGGGCCCAUCGGAGAGCCCGUCUGAAGCACAGAUCCAAAGCCAACAAUCCAUAGCUGCAAUAUGGAUCACCAAUGCAGAAAAGUCCCGUCGAGCUGCAUAUGAGGCCUUGCGAGGCGCUGGCUUUUGCGUUAGCGAAGAAUGGGUAUGGGUGAAAACCACGUGGGACGGACGACCGAUCUCAGAAUUAGAUGGUCUCUGGCGAAAACCGUACGAAAUCCUUGUUAUAGGCUGCAAGGACGGUCAUCACGUUGAGCGAGAUGACGACUCACCCCUAUCUCAAGCAGACCUGACUCGUAUGAGUGAGGCGAUUACUACACGACGGGUCAUCGCUGCUGUUCCAGACCUGCACUCUCGCAAGCCGAACCUGAAAGCGAUCUUUGAGCAAGUAUUUUUCACUUCUGGUCACACUCAGUCGUAUUCUGCCCUGGAGGUGUUUGCGCGCAACUUGACUGCUGGCUGGUGGGCUGCUGGUAAUGAGGUUCUCAGGUUCAAUGCCCGUGAGUGCUGGGUUGAUUCAGAAAAUUGA